GAGUUUAGUGAGCGCCGGUGAAGACAGGAGGAGAUGGGUCAGAGUCAAAGUGGUGGUCACGGAGCCGGUGGUGGCAAGAAGGAUGACAAGGAUAAGAAGAAGAAAUACGAGCCACCCGUGCCGACCAGAGUGGGGAAGAAGAAGAAGAAAACGAAAGGACCAGAUGCUGCCAGCAAGUUGCCCCUGGUAACCCCUCACACGCAGUGCCGUCUGAAACUGCUGAAACAGGAGCGGAUAAAAGACUACCUCUUAAUGGAAGAGGAGUUCAUCAGAAAUCAGGAACAGAUGAAACCGCUGGAAGAGAAACAAGAGGAGGAGCGGUCCAAGGUGGACGACCUGAGAGGGACACCGAUGUCGGUCGGCACCCUGGAGGAAAUCAUCGACGACAACCACGCCAUCGUCUCCACGUCCGUGGGCUCCGAGCAUUACGUCAGCAUCUUGUCCUUCGUGGACAAGGACCUGCUGGAGCCCGGCUGCUCCGUCCUGCUCAACCACAAGGUCCACGCUGUGAUCGGAGUGCUGACGGACGACACGGACCCGCUGGUGACUGUGAUGAAAGUGGAGAAGGCUCCGCAGGAGACGUACGCUGACAUCGGCGGCCUGGACAACCAGAUCCAGGAAAUCAAGGAAUCCGUGGAGCUCCCCCUCACCCACCCCGAAUAUUACGAAGAAAUGGGCAUUAAACCUCCGAAAGGAGUCAUUCUGUACGGCGCGCCUGGUACAGGUAAAACUCUGCUGGCGAAGGCGGUGGCGAACCAGACGUCUGCGACCUUCCUGCGGGUGGUGGGCUCGGAGCUGAUCCAGAAGUACCUGGGCGACGGCCCAAAGCUGGUGCGGGAGCUGUUCCGCGUGGCCGAGGAGCACGCGCCCUCCAUCGUCUUCAUCGACGAGAUCGACGCCAUCGGCACCAAGAGGUACGAUUCUAACUCUGGCGGUGAGCGUGAGAUCCAGCGCACCAUGCUGGAGCUUCUCAACCAGCUGGACGGCUUCGAUUCACGGGGUGACGUGAAAGUGAUCAUGGCCACAAACAGGAUAGAAACCCUGGACCCCGCUCUCAUCAGACCAGGCAGGAUCGAUCGUAAGAUUGAAUUCCCUCUCCCGGAUGAGAAGACGAAGCGGCGAAUCUUCCAGAUCCACACGAGCAGAAUGACGGUGGCGGUGGAUGUGAGCCUGGAUGAACUGAUCCUGGCCAAAGAUGACCUCUCUGGGGCAGACAUCAAGGCCAUCUGUACGGAGGCCGGUCUGAUGGCUCUACGUGAGCGAAGGAUGAAGGUGACUAACGAAGACUUCAAGAAGUCAAAGGAGAACGUCUUGUACAAGAAGCAGGAGGGCACUCCCGAGGGUCUGUACCUUUAACCUAACUGUUCCUCGCACAAACCUUGCCACGUCACCUCUGGAGAAAGCUCUCGGCUGCGGGAGUCUGGUGACGGACAUUCGCAUUCAGGGUGUUUGUUUUGUCUGGCUUGCUUCAUCACUCCAACAGGAGCCCUUCCUCCCUGUAAGUCCUAUCUUAAUAAAUAAAAUAUAAACCCUA